CCACACCUCACAUAUACACACCUCAACUAUUGAAAAAUCAAUCAUGGCCAUUUUACAUGUCGGUGGGAUAACAUGUCACUUCAAAGUAAUUGGAUGUUAGCUCCUUACCGCACUAGCAGAAUUUUACUUGGAGCCUUGUGUCCUUGCCUCCUGGAAAGCGAGCCUUGGGAUGCCGGUGGGUGUAUAAAGUCAAACAUAAAUCUGAUGGUACUGUUGAACGCCUUAAGGCACGGUUGGUAAUUUUUGGUAAUAGGCAGGUCGCCGGAUGGUAAUAGACUAUACCAAAACCUUUGCCCCAGUUGCCAAAACGGUUACCGUUCGUGCAUUUCUUGCUAUAGCUGCAUGCAAAAAUGGGGAGCUGCAUCAAAUGGAUGUACAUAAUGCAUUUCUUCAUGGUGAUCUACAUGAAGAGGUAUACAUGACCAUCCCUCCUGGUUACACCACCACUGACUCAUCUUUGGUGUGUCGUCUUCAUAAGUCUUUGUAUGGACUUAAACAAGCUCCGCGGUGUUGGUUUGCUAAAUUGGUCACUGCACUUAAACAAUAUGGUUUUCUCCAGUCAUAUGGUACUGCUAUCGCUGAUUUUAAAUCCUACCUUAAUGAAUGUUUUCAUAUGAAGGAUUUGGUCACUCUUAAAUAUUUUCUUGGCAUUGAGGUUGCCCGCAGUUCUUCUGGCAUAUUUCUCAAUCAUAGAAAAUAUGCAUUUGAUUUAUUACUGAAACUGGUCUCUUGGGUGCCAAACCAGACUCUUUUCCAAUUGAACAAAACCAUGAUCUGGGAGGCGCUUCCGGUCCGCUACACCCAGAUCCUAAACAAUAUCGCCACCUCAUUGGAAGGCUCAUUUACUUGGCGGUUACUCGCCCGGAUCUUACUUAUUCGCUUCACAUCUUAUCUCAGUUCAUGCAAAAUCCUCGGACUGAGUAUUGGUCCGCUGCACUACGAGUUGUCCGGUAUCUUAAGGAUUCUCCGGGUCAGGGUAUUCUCCUCCGUGCUGACAGUGAUCUUACUCUGAUUGGUUGGUGUGAUUCUGAA